ACGAAUGAGGGGAGCGGAGCAGGUGCCGGGGAUGCCGAGGGGCGGAAACAGGGUGCUUUCCCGCAAGAUCCUUUGUGUGCAGGAACUGAGAAUAUGAGCCUUUGGAGAGGGCAAAUUUCCCUCCAACAAAGGGUUUCCAAAAGCUGAGACGAAGGGGGUUUCCAUCCCGGGCUGGCAGCAUGUCUUAUUUCACAGAGCAUUUCUGGGGUGAGAAGAACCAUGGCUUUGACGUCCUCUAUCACAACAUGAAGCAUGGCCAGAUCUCGGCGAAGGAGCUGGCGGACUUUGUGCGGGAGAGGGCGGCUGUAGAGGAGACCUAUGCCAAGUCUAUGGCCAAGAUGUCCAAGAUGGCCGGAAACAGCACUCAGCUGGGGACUUUUGCCCCACUCUGGGAGGUCUUCCGCAUCUCCUCGGAUAAGCUGGCGCUGUGCCACGCAGAGCUGGUGAAGAAGCUGCAGGAUUUGAUCAAGGAGAUUGGGCGCUAUGGGGAUGAGCAGCUGCGGGCACACAAGAAGUCCAAGGACGAGGUGGCCGGGACCCUGGAAGCGGUCCAGAUCCUGCAAGGAGCCGCUCAGCACCUCCCCAAAGCCAAGGAGACUUACAGCAGCCGCUGCCAAGAGCUGGAUCGCUUGCGGAGAGAAGGAGGCAGCCAGAAGGAGAUUGACAAGGCCGAGCUGAAGUCCCGGAAGGCGGUGGAGGCCCUGCGGAGGGCUGUGGAGAAGUACAACGCAGCGCGGAAUGACUUUCAGCAGAAGAUGCUGGACUCCGCUGUGCGCCUGCAGGAGGUGGAGGAAUUGCACCUGGAGCAGAUGAAGGUCCUGAUUGGCUCCUACGUCCACUCGGUGGAAGACACCCACGUCCAGAUCGGGCAGGUCCAUGAGGAAUUCAAGCAGAACAUGGAGAACAUUGGAGUGGAGACCCUCCUGCGCAACUUCGCCGAGAGCAAAGGGACCGGGCGCCAUCCGCCGGGACCGCUGGAUUUUGAGGAGCUGAGCAUCAUUCCUGCGCAGGAAGGACCCAAGCGAACCCGCAGCAAAGCCUUCCGCAUCCCUGGCCUGAGCCGCAAAGAACGGGAGCGGGACUCUGUGGAGUCUCCAGACACCGAGUCAGGGCUCCCCGAUGUGGACGAGGAAGGGUUCACUGUCCGGCCCGAAACAAAUCAGAACGGCGAACUCCCCAACCGCUUCUGCUCCUCCAGCGACUCGGAUUACGAUGACGAGGAGCCCCACAAGUUCUACAUCCGCAUCAAGCCAGUGCAGCCCCGGGAGCGGACCAGCAGCGCCGCGGCCGUGGAGCAGCUCAAGGCCUCCGUGGGGAACCUCAUCCUGCCCCCCAGCAUGGGGUGCACAAUGAAAAGGCAUUCUUCCCGGCACCUGAAAGCUCUUGCCUCGGCCUCAGCCGAGACGGAUUCUGACACGGCCCCUGCCCCAGGUGAUAAGCCCGGCAACCCGCAGGCACCUCUUUUCGGAACCCGUAUGAAAAGCUGUGACAGCAAACCUGAGCCCGAUGUUCUCCCUGCCAGCGCCCUCUUUGGCCCCCCGCUGGAGUCGGCCUUCGAAAACGAGGAGUUUUCAGGAGCCCCCCGCUCUUACCUCUUGGCCUCCAGCCCAUCCCCCUUCUCCUCCUCGUCCCCUGAGAACGUGGAAGACUCCGGCCUGGACUCCCCGUCUCACCUGGCCACCGGCCCCUCCCCAGAUGCCCGCCUCUGGAGCCCCCGGCCUGGCACCCCCCAGAGCCCCCCUGGAAAGCGCCCCCCCAAAGAUGGACCCCGCUGCUGCCAGCCAGCCGACGACGCCCCGGACCCCUGGCUCCCCCAGCCGGACUCCCAGGAGCUCCCCGAGUGGGCCGACUCCGUCUCGGCCUGGCCCCCCGCCCCGGCGCCCCCCGGCAACCCCCCUGGCCGGCACGACUCCCCCUUCACCGACCCCUUCUUGGAGGCCGCGGCACCCGGGGGUCGGCGGGGCUGGUCGGCUGCGGAGUGUCCCCCGCGGGGUGGCGAGCGCGACAGUUGCCUCUCCUCGAACUCGGCCUCCUCCUCCUCCUCGUCCCCAGCGCCCCCCAGCAGCGGAGACUCCACCAGCCCUUCUCCUUGGGCACCGAGGGGCAGAGAGUUGGAGGGCGCCCCCACAGACAUGCCAUCGGACCCCGCUUCUCUCCCUCCGUCCGCUGCACCCGGAUUGACUUCCAUGGUGGCCCCCCCUCGGAGAUGCCGCGCAAAACGGCCCUCGGCAGUCUCAACUGGCAGCGACACGCCCCGCUCGCUCAGCCCCUCGCGUCUCUGGGCCUUGUCGACCCCGCAGAGCUCGGCUGGAAUGACGGAGCGGGCCUUCUUCAUGGCCACACAGCCGGGACUGGGCGUCUCGCGGGGCCCGUCUCCCGUGGUCCUGGGCGCGCAGGGUGCUCUCCCCGUGGCAACGGCCUUCACGGAAUACAUCCACGCCUAUUUCAAAGGCUGCAGCCCAGACAGCUGCCUGGUGAAGGUCACGGGGGAACUGACCAUGUCCUUCCCGGCGGGGAUCCUGCGCGUCUUCAGCAGCGCCCCUGCGCCCCCCGUCCUCAGCUUCCGCCUGCGCCACACGGCCGCCAUCGACCAGUUCCUGCCCAACACCGAACUCCUCUUCAGUGACGCCUCGCAGAGCGACCCCCACAGCAAGGACUUCUGGCUCAACAUGGCCGCCCUCACUGCACACCUCCAGAAGCAGGCGGAGCAGGCCCCAGGCGCCCCGUACUACAACGUCACCCUCCUCAGAUACCAGUACUCCAAGCAAGGCCCCCGCUGGGCCCCCUUGCAGCUCUCCGUGGACUGGGCCUGUGGGUCGGAGGCCACGCGGGUGCGCAUCGACUACAGCUACAACACGGGCGCUUUGGCCUCGGCUGUGGCCCUCGGCAACGUCCAGAUCCUCCUGCCCAUUGAAGAACCGGCUGCCAACGUCCAGCCGCAGCCCAGCGCUUCGUGGAACCUGGAGGAGAAGCGAUUGCUGUGGCGGCUCCUGGACCUCCCUGGCACCCAAGGGCACCCAGGAUCCGGCCGCCUCCUGGCCAGCUGGGAACCCCUGACUGGUCCCAGCAAGCCCAGCCCCGUGGCAGCCCAGUUCACCAGCGAGGGGAGCACCCUUUCCGGGGCAGACGUGGAGCUGGUGGGCAGCGGAUACCGCAUGUCGCUGGUCAAGAAGAGGUUCGCCACAGGGAUUUAUCUCGCCGGCUCCUGAUCAGACCCUGUCCCAGCAGUCGCCUCCGGUUUGUUCCAAAAGUGUGUCUCGCGACAGGAAGGAGAUGUUUGCGUGUUUUUAAAUUAUUUUUCGCCUGGAUUUUAAAACACUGGAGUUGGGGAGAGAGAAGCAGCCACCCGGGGAGGAGACGGAUCCGUGCGCAGUUCGAGGCGGAAGGGAUUUUGCACCGAAGGGCGAGACGUUCCUCCCUGCACCACAAAUCUCUCCAUGUUAUUUUUAUUGUUGUUUUGUAUUUUCCAUCUUUCAUUCCUAAGCGGCGUCAGAUGCCCAGAA